AUGGCGGCCAGUGAGAUAGAUGUUUUCGCAAAUGAAGAAAAGCGAACCCUUGACCUCGGAGGCCAUGUGGGGUUUGACAGUCUCCCCGAUCAGCUGGUCAGCAAAUCAGUCGCACAGGGAUUCUGCUUCAACAUCCUCUGCGUAGGUGAGACCGGGAUAGGCAAGUCAACGUUGAUGAACACGCUUUUCAAUACGACAUUUGAAAAUGAGGAGGCCAGCCACUACGAGAGCGACGUGCAGCUACGCCCGCAAACGUACGACCUGCAGGAGAGCAACGUCAACCUCAAGCUGACCAUCGUGCACACUGUAGGGUUCGGAGACCAGAUCAACAAAGAGGAAAGCUAUAAACCCAUUCUUGAGUACAUCGAUGCCCAGUUUGAAAGGUACCUGGAAGAGGAGCUGAAAAUAAGACGCUCCUUGUUCAACUGCCAUGACACAAGAAUCCACAUCUGCCUGUAUUUCAUCGCUCCCACCGGACACUCCCUGAAGUCCCUCGACCUCGUCACAAUGAAGAAACUGGACAGCAAGGUGAACCUCAUCCCUGUUAUCGCAAAGGCAGACACAGUAUCCAAGAGCGAACUGGACAAAUUAAAGAUCAAGAUCAUGAGCGAGCUGGUUAGUAACGGAGUGCAGAUUUAUCAGUUCCCCACAGAGGAUGAAGCUGUCGCAGAGAUCAACUCCUCCAUGAAUACUCAUCUUCCCUUCGCUGUGGUUGGAAGUGUGGACGACGUUAAAGUAGGAAACAAGAUGGUGAAAGCGAGGCUGUACCCCUGGGGAUCAGUACAGGUGGAGAAUGAAAACCAUUGUGAUUUCGUGAAGCUGAGGGAGAUGCUGCUGCGUGUGAACAUGGAGGAUCUCCGAGAGCAGACGCACGCUCGACACUACGAGCUCUACCGUCGCUGCAAGCUGGAAGAGAUGGGCUUCAAGGACACAGACCCGGACAGCCAGUCGUUCAGCCUUCAGGAGACAUAUGAAGCCAAGAGGAAGGAGUUCCUUUUGGAUCUGCAGCGCAAAGAAGAAGAAAUGAGACAGAUGUUUGUCAACAAAGUGAAGGAGACAGAAGCCGAGCUGAAGGAAAAGGAAAAAGAGCUUCACGAGAGGUUUGAGCAGCUCAAGCGGAUGCACCAGGAAGAAAAGAGGAAUCUGGAGGAGAAAAGACGGGAACUGGAGGAGGAGAUGAACGCGUUCAAUAGAAGAAAGGUUGCAGCUGAGACACUGAUGGGACAGGCCCUGCAAGGCUGCUCACAACCGUUUAAGAAGGACAAGGACAAGAAGAACUUCUUUAGUCUUCCAUCUGCGUGCUCCUUAACCUCAGGAAGGAAUUUGAAUUAGAAGACUUUCUACCACAUCAAAAGAUCACAGACUAAAAAUCAAGUGUAUUAUUUUUACAAUGUGAAAUAACGGUUUUCUAGAAAUGCACUUAACAUCCCUGGAAGUGAGUCGGCCUGAAGUCUUCCAUGUCUACUAAACUCUCCUUUAGGCUUCUAAGCAGUGCUCUGUAGCAUGGUCUCUGCAUGGCUCCUAACCCUCAUUCCUAACAGUAUUAAAAGAUUGUCAUUGCCAAAACCUGUUUUUGUACUGAAUGUGCUAAAUGUUCUAUCAUCUGCCAUGUUAUGCUUGUAGUUCUUGACUGAUGAAAAUCUACACUGUGAAAGAUAUAUUAUAAAGUGACAUGAUGUUGUCGUUAAGUGUUGUAAAGAUAGUCCAUUAUAUCCUGAUUUGAAAGCACUUUAAAUCAAUCAUAGUGCAAAUACUAUCUAGAAUCGUUGUAUAAGGUGCCCUAUCAUACUAAUAUGUCCGCCCUAUGUUGUGUAAAAAAGAUCUGGAUAGAAGUAUUUUAUAGCAUUAAACUGAGAAAAACCAUAUAUACUGUUGUUUAAUGAAAAAAAAAAAAAGCCUGGAUGUAUAAAAAUUCAGGAAUAAAUCUCAUAGAUGGUGGGCCUGUGUGGGCCUGCUUGCAGAUUUGUAUAUCCUGAUAUUUAAUAAAGAGUUACUUUAUUGAAAACAUGCCUUGCUCUCUCCAUGACUGCACUUUGAGACAGAGAAGGUCAACACGGGGCAGGUUGCUGUAAGCUGUGGUCUCAGCAGGUUCAGAUUCCUUCCAGACUGUUCCAGAAGCCUGCCCGUGGGUGUCUAUUUAGAAAGAACAAGUGACAGCAGUGUGUUCAUGCCUUGCCCGUGAAAACAUAACACUGACAUUUGAAUAAAUCCUUAAGUCUUCCAGAAGAUUCACUAAUGUAUUUGCUGUCUUUUUGAUCUAUUACUUACCAGCUCUUGUCAUGUUGUACACAUUUUUUAAUGGCCUCUGUUUAACUGAAUGCAAAAAUAGAUACGCAGCUAAACUUUGUGAACUGCUGCAUCUAUUGUUGCGCUUGAUGUUCCCUAGAAUUAGACUGAUUUUUGUGUUUUAAAGUUCAAUACAAUCUUAUUGUCAACAUAAUAAGAGAUGAGACACAGUGAGUCGCAAUUUUUCGGUCAUGUCCCGCCUCCCCAACUGCGAUUGGCCAUCCAGCACGUAAAGGGCGGACCUUAAUCGUGAGUGGCUGCAACAUUAUCCAAUUGAAAUAUAAAGGGAUUGACGUCAUCCAUCGUUGACCAAUGAAAGCUCACCAUGUUUGGGCAUGGGCUUGGUUUUAUGCCCGCAUUAAAAGCUAAACUGCCCUUUUCCCCAUCGCCUUACGCCAAGGGUAGGGGGGUGUGCAUAGGCAGAAAUUAACCUCUGCUUAAAACUUUCUUUAGUGAAAGUUCAUACUUACACUUUCUUGUGUUUUAAACCUCUUUUCACCCGCUUGUUUCAAGCGCACGGAGGCUUUUUGCAAUUGCUGAUUUUUCACAACACCAAAAGACAACG